GGAAGCCAUCUCAACAUGCUCAACACACAUGUGAAGGGAACUAUUUGAAUGUCUUGUCCCAUGUAAUGACCCUUCCAUCCACAUGAAAUCUCACUUUCACACGCCUCCACAGGAAAAUUUAACCCAGAAGAAAACAUUAACUCCAACCAAUUCAAGAAAACCAAAAAGAAAUGUCCGACCUCCAGCUUUUCUCUCAUACUCCCACACUACUCUACCUUUCACUGCUUUUCCUCCUCACCCUUUUCACAAUUUGCAAUGCUGAUUCAGUUUCAGGCCUCAAUUCACUGAAAACCAGUGAGAUUGAUGCCUUUGUCAGUAAGGGUUGCUCAGAGAAAAUUGGAGAGUGCUUUGAAGAGUCAGAAAUGGAGUCAGAGAUCAGCAGGAGAGUGUUGCUGAUGCAAAAGAAGUACAUAAGUUAUGAGACACUGAGGAGGGACUUGGUUCCCUGUGAUAAACCAGGAGCAUCAUACUAUGACUGUAAUGCUAGACAGGCUCAUCCUUAUAGCAGAGGCUGUGAGGUCAUUACAAGGUGUGCAAGAAGCGUCAAGGACAUUAACAAUUAGAAGAAAAUAGUAUAAUUGACAUGAUCUUGUGGAAUUGGUAAUCAGCUACUGCAUUCUUGAUUUUGUAUCCCUUUGGGAUUUUCUUGGUUGUAUAUGUAAAUUCAAGAGAAUCAUGUUUUGAUCUGCUAUAUUAAUGAAAUUCUUAGCCUAGUUUUUGGGA